AUGUCCACACCAUCCCAAGCUCCUCCAUCACCGUCGACACUCGGCACUGGUAUCUCCAUCAAGAAAACACAACCAUCUAUUGACUCGUCCACCAAAGCCAAAGGGCAGGCCAAACCCACACAACAAAUCCGCUUCACGGCCGAGGAACUCAAACGCAUUGGCGCUCUCGUCGAGAAACGAGGUGACGACGAGCUGGCUGCUCUCUUGAGACGUAAACUCUCGCUGGUUCCCGGGCCUACCAAGGUCGACGGCGACGUUGAUACUGGAGACGAACAGGAUGGAGCAAACGAGACGGGAUCGCAAAUGGGAUUACAAGCAGAAAGUGUAAAGACGGAAAUCGAGGAGCGCAGUCAAGCUAGGGGCAUACUGCGACCUUGA